GUUUGUCUGUUUUAGCUUCCAGAAGGGGAGAGAGAGAGAGAGAGAGAGAGAGAGAAGCAAUACUGAAGCACACACACACACACACACACACACACACACCUGUAUAACUACCAUACAAACACACCUGCAGACACCAGCCCACUUUCCUCAGCCAUACACCCAUCACAUCACACCCAAACAACUACACCUAAAACACACAAACACACUACAACCCUAUAAAACGCAUCCUACACCCCAAAAACACACACACAGCCUCUUCCUCCCUUCGUCAGGAGUACUCAUGAGACUUACACUACUCCUUCAGGCAGAGCGUGAAGAAGGACGGUGUUAGAAAACUUGUCAGGAGCAGAUUAGGUGGCUCCUUCUUGCAAUUCCCUUCGGCAGGAGUAGAAAUAAAUAUGAAGCAGAAGGGAGCUUUAUGUGUGUACUGCUGCAGGAGAAGGAAGAGGAGGGUGAAGUGAAGGAAGAGCAGGAGGAAGAGGAGGAACAGAAGGGUGAGGAUAAGAAAAAGAAUGAGAGUGAGGAGGAGGAAGAGCAGGAAGAGCAGGGAAGUGAGGAGGAGAAAGAGGAGAGGGAAGAGCUGUAGGAUGAAAACCAAGAAGAGAAGGAGGAGGAGGAGGAGGAAGGAGCAGGAGAGUGAGACGAGAAAGACCAAGAGAAAGAGGAGGAGGAGCAGGAGGAUAAAGACGAGGAAGAGCAGGAGGAUGGGGACAAAGAAGAGAAGGAAGAGGAGAAGGAGGAGAAGGAGGAAGGGGACAAGGAGGAAGAGGGACGCCUGACGGAGGGUCUUCUGCCAGUUGCUAGUCGUCAGGUCCCAGCGGCAAGAUUCUCUGAUAGGCAAAUGCAAGGUAAGUGUAAUCUAUUUUACCUUUCCUUCAUUCCUUCACCUUCUCUCACUCUUACCUGGGGAACUUCAUAAUCAUUCUAUCUUAAGCAUUAACUCUUUCACUCCCAAACAAAUUUUCUCCUUCAAUACCCAUAAAUUACUAAACUAUUCUUGUGCUAAAUUCACAUAAAUAUUUGUGCAUAUAAGGUAAAAACACUAUUAAUAUCCCGUUUUCUCUCUUCUCUCCCCUGUGUCUCCACGCAAACCGUUUUUACAGUGCUAAGGUGAAAGAAAGAUUUGAAAGGGAUAAACGUUACUUGAAUUUCGACUUAUUUACGUAUCAGUACUAAAAGUUGUGUAAAUUUAUGUUCAUUUAAACUCUGAGCACACGAUCCUGUCUAAACCUACGUGCGUCCAGUGAUCCGAAGCGUUGAGACACAGUAAAGCUUCGAGCGGGACUAGUGGAGCUUCGAAUCAGUAAACCAGGAGGCAUCAGGCGUCAGUGCGAUACCAGGAGGCAGGGACUUGAGCCACGCACCCAGGCAACCUCUUCCCUCUUCUAUAUCUGUGAAGGGUGUUGCGUUGAGUCCACCUAAUGUCUGAUUCUUAUCGUGUCCCCUGCGGUGCGAGACUUCACUCCAAGGCUCCCAGCGCUUCCCUCCUUCACGCCUCGAGCUUGUGAAGUCUGCUGAGUCUCGUCUUCAUUGCUUCUUUCCUUAAUUAUGUCUUUAUGUGUCAGUGUUCAGUGUGCGUCGCGUGUCACCUUCAGCGGGACUUUCACUUUCGUCACCCUCAGGAAGAAGAAAAGACGCCUCAUCACUUCACCCUCAGCUACUGGUACAAAUGAGGAUGCUGUCCCUUUCACCACGCCCCCUCCUCCCGCUUGGCCAGUCGUACCUCCGCCCUGGCCCAACCGAUGCCUGAGUCUGAGUCGUCGCAGCACCGGUCGCCAGGAAGUCCCCGCCGCCACCCAGCCAGCCAGAGUCCACACCCCAGCCACCCCUCCUUCAGACACUCCUGCAGCUCCCACGAUGUCAGCGAAGGACUGUCCUGUGACCUUGAAGGAUGAAGGAGAUCAAGACACCAUCACCUAACGGCCACAAGAGGAAGAGGAACUCACCAGAGG